UAUUGGAAGGGCGGGCUGAUAACGUAUGAUGUUACAGCAGAUACCGUUGCCUAUCGCCUCGCCGAUCUACCUCCGGUCAUCUUCCUCGGAGUAAUCGGGGGAGUGUUAGGAAGUCUGUACAAUGUUCUUAUGGUGAAGGUUCUUCACGUAUGCAGCCCUGUUAAUGAGAGAGGCCGUGCCCACAGGUUGCUUCUGGCUGCUGCUGUCUCCAUAUGUAUAUCUUGUUGUCUGUUUGGGUUACCAUGGUUGGCACCCUGCAGACCUUGCUCGAACAAGGACUGCUCCACGGUAGCUCAUCCCGGUGGCUUCAAGAACUUCCAGUGCCCUCCCGACCAUUACAACGAUCUAGCCAGUCUAUUCUUCAACACCAACGAUGACACGAUCCGGAAACUGUAUGGCCGCGGCACGAAUGACGACUUCCAGAAGUCCUCCAUCAUGGUCGCCUUUGCCGCCUCCUACGUUCUAGGCAUCCUGAGCUACGGCGUCGUCGCCGCGCCCUUCGGUUUUUUCGUGCCGAUUAUGUUAACCGGUGCAAGCUACGGACGGCUCGUCGGGAUGGCGAUGGGCUCCGACACGAACCUCGACCAUGGUCUCUUCGCCGUCCUCGGUUCGGCUUCCUUCCUCGGCGGAACGAUGAGGAUGACGGUGUCGGUAUGCGUGAUUAUGCUGGAAUUAACCAACGAUCUCUUGUUGCUUCCCCUGGUGAUGCUGGUUCUCCUGAUAUCAAAAACCGUGGCCGACGCCUUCAAUCCCAACAUCUACGACCUGAUCCUGAGACUGAAGGGCCUUCCUUAUCUCGACGACCAUGCGGAACCAUACAUGAGGCAUCUCACCGUUAGCGAUGUGGUGGCAGGUCCUUUACGAACCUUUAAUGGCGUGGAGAAGGUGGGUAACGUGGUCCACAUACUGAAGACGACGGGGCACCACGCGUUCCCCGUGAUAGAUGAGCCGCCGUUCUCUUCUUCUCCGGUGCUGUACGGCCUGGUCCUCCGUGCACACCUGCUGAGUUUGUUGAAGAAGAAGCGGUUUCUGCCGACACGCAGCGUCGCAGGGUUGGAUGCGGCGGGGCAAUUCGGGGCUGAUGAGUUGGGUAAGCGUGGAUCGGGGAAGCACGACCGUGUCGAGGACGUAGAGGUAAGCGCAGAAGAGAUGGAGAUGUUCGUUGAUUUGCAUCCCUUCACAAACUCGUCGCCUUACACGGUGGUGGAGACGAUGUCCCUGGCGAAGGCUCUCAUACUUUUCCGGGAGAUGGGACUGAGACACCUGUUGAUCGUUCCCAAGUCAUCUUCCAGAGCGCCGGUGGUCGGCAUAUUGACAAGGCAUGACUUCAUGGCCGAGCAUAUAUUGGGAUUGCAUCCGUUCCUAAGAAAGAGCAGAUGGAAGAGAUUGCGAUUUCAGGGAGCCACUUUGAGAAGACUUUGCAGGGCUUGUUUGACGUGGGCUUCCUCUUAGCUCGCUCGUAAGAAGAAACGUGCCGAGUACCAGUC